AUUUUAACCUUGACAUUUACUAACUCUUAGCAGAUGAAGAGGUGUUAACAGUUGCAUGAAUAUGGAUGAAAAAGAAAUUCCAGCCUUAGGCAGACCAUUUGAUUUAGGAAUGUUGUAUGACUGUCGAACGCACAAUUUGUUAACAGAUAGAAGAAUCUGGGAUGAAAAAAACAUAAAAUUGCAUACUGUUUCACAUCCUCAACCUCAAUGUGAUUUUGAUUUUACUGCAGACGACACUAUAUCUGCCAAAACAGCGUUCUUAGAUAUAAAUGCUGAUCUUAAGCUAAGUCUCCUAUGUGGUUGGGUUCAAGUUCAUGGAUCAGCUAAAUAUUUGGAAAAUCACAGAAAAUACACACGACAAUCACGUGUAACAUUCAAAUACAGAUGUAGAACUCAUUUCAAAGAGCUUCUAAUAAGAGAAAUAAUGUCUGAGCGGCAAAUAAAUCCAAGAAUACUCAGUUCAGAAAAUGCUACACACGUGGUCGCUGGUAUUCUAUAUGGGACAGAUGCCAUAUUAGUAUUUGACAGAACGACGACCGAUGAAGAAGAUGAAUUGGAAACUCAAAGAAAACUCGAAGCAAUGGUAAAAUUUCUUCCAACAGCUUCAAUUAAAUCAAACACAGAUGAACGAAAAAAUAAACUAUUGGAUAAUAUUGAAUUUACAUAUCAUGGCGACAUUCCGCUUGAUUCCGAACCUUCUUCAUUUGAAGAAAAUAUUAAAGCUUUUAAAACGUUUCCCUCAAAAAUAGGACAUAUAGGGGAAAAUUGUGUACCAAUGAAUGUAUUUUUAUAUCCAUUAUGUAAGAUUACAAAUAAGACAUUGACCUUAACCAAGCCUCUAGAAGUAACACUUGUCAAUCAGAUUGGAGAAAGAUUGGAAAAAGUUCAAUUCCUGAAAAUGAAAUGCAACGAUCUUUAUGCUAGACCUACAUGUGAAUACGACGAGAGAUACCGACAAAAAGUACGUGAAAUGCAAACGAGUAUUGAACAAUCUGAACAAAAGUUUAAGAGUCAGCUUUCCCAAAAUGUUACCGGGUUAAUAUCAAUGGAUUUAAUAAAAAGAAACGUAUGGAAUUUCUUAGAAGAAUACGACAAGUCACCAUUUAGCCAUGAGAAGCUAGAUAACAACUUGUCAGAACUGAGAACAGUUAUAAAUGUUCUUGACACUUGUGUAAGAACAAUCCCGUCUUCCAUUAAAGAUACCCAUUCGAAUCCACUGAAAGACAUCAAACAUCAAUUUUCUCAUGUUGAUGGACAAUUUCAAUUACCCCCAAUUGAACACUUUUUUGAAGAACUACGCAAAGAUGAUAGUCUUACAACUGCACAGCGAAAACAAGGCCUAAUGAAUAAUAUUUUUAGCAUGAGAAAAAGAAUAAAAGACGACAGAGGCAUCUUCAAAAGAAAACACUAACCAAGAAAACACUGUAUCAUUUCAAAAACAGCUGAAAUACAAGGGAUUAUAGUGAACAAACUUUCGUCAAACAAGACGAAGAUGUUGAACUAUCAAUUUCCAUUAGACAAAGCAAACAGUCAUUAAGACGAACAGAACAUUUUGAAAUAAAUUUUGAAAUAAUUGCAUGACAAUUUCCUCCAAAUCUACCUACUGAUUAUUCUUACGAGGUGUCCUAUCGAAAUGUUGAUGGCGAAGAAUGGACAAACCAUCCGUUUCAAGUAAAAUAUUCCUCAGUGAAUCUUUUUUCCUUUUUUUUUUUGUUAGUCAGAUUCAGGUAUAAAUGCGGUGGAUUUCUCGGAGACGACAAUGAAAUUUCAGAUGCAAUUAUUGCGAACCGAAUGAAACUUUUCCACAAAUUCAUCUCCUGUUGUUCAAUCUAUUUAAACUUUUGUCAGUUCUAUUGUCCCAUUGAAUAAAUACAAUAGCUAUUGUUCUCU